AUGGGCAUUGGCGGCCACGAUUCUACUUUGCAAAAAUCAAUAUCCGAUCUGAUCCAAACGCUUGUAACUCUUAAUCAAGGUGUACAUCAAGUGUUCUUUGUUAUAAAGGAUCGAUUCUCUGAUGUGGAGCAAAUAGCCUUCCGCCUCCUAACCUCUGUAAUCUUCAAAGAGGAGGUGUUGCAGUACGUGACCAUCGUUUGUACAAACAGUAAAAUCUUCAACAAUCCCGCCAAGGUCGAACAAGAGUUGUCCGCCCUCAACAAAGAUAAUAAGAUCGGACCAAUCAUCAAAAGUUGCAACAAGAUAUUGUUUGUUGACAAUCCUCCCAUUAAUGAUGAUGAUGACGAGCACUCACAGGCCAAUGCACAAAAGAAGAGAUUGCGAUCCAGAGAGAUAAUGCUUGACCAUCUCAACAAGUGUGAUACGCUAUACGUACCAACGCUCAACACCUGGGAGACGAUCAAACGGAGGAUAGAAUGUCUCAAGGGAGAUUACCCGAUGCUAUCAUACCUAAUCGACGCUGUAUUCCAUCUUCUAUUGGCACUGCUCUUCUCAAAGCUUGGAGCUGGUUUGGGAAUUCUCGGUGUAAUGCUCAACAGGGCAUUUAGUCGACGAUAA